AUGGCCAAGCAGCAGCUGGAUCCCGAGAUCAUUGAGCUCGCCAAGGGCUUGCAGGGCACUCCUUGGUGUGACGAGUACGAGAAGAUGAUUUCAGGCAUGCUUUACAACCCACUACACCCCAAGCUGUUGGAGGGUCGCCACAAGGCUCGCUGCGUGGCAUACAACUUCAACAACCUAGAUCCCAAUACUGGCAACUACGAAGAGAUUGCCACCAAGAGACUCGAGAUGCUCUCUGGAAUGCUCGGAAAAGUCGGCCCAGGAACCUUCAUUGAGCCACCCUUUGCGCCUGACUACGGCUCCAACAUCUCCAUUGGUGAGAACUGCUUCUUCAACUUCGGCCUAACCAUCCUGGACACCAGCCUCGUCAUCAUUGGCGAUCGUGUCCAGAUGGGCCCCAAUGUCCACAUCUACACGGCGGGUCAUGAGACCAGCGUCCUCUCCCGCAUAAAGUUUGUCGAGUUCGGACACCCUAUUAGAAUCGAGGAUGACUGUUGGAUCGGAGGCAAUGUUGUGAUCCUUCCCGGGGUCACCAUUGGACGAGGAUGCACUGUCGGCGCUGGCGCCGUGGUUACCAAGAGUCUGCCCCCUUACUCCAUCGCUCUCGGGGCCCCUGCAAAGGUGGUCAAGACUAUUCAGUCGGUUGAGGAGGAGAUGGCCGAUCCUAACAACCCUUACCGAAACAUGCCGGACCGGGCUUAG